GGGGAAUUAUUUCCUUCAUUUUCCCUAUUAUUUCUUUUGUACCUAAUUUGAGAUUGCCGGAAACGAGCGAAUCGCAGAGUUUGUUUUGGUUUCGUUUGUUUUACUCCCUCCUCUUCGCCGCGUCCCCAAAACUCCCAGUUGCAUCCGGCUGAUGGUUGGGUGCCACUCCAUUCUUCCGCAUUUUUUUGCUUUUUCAUCUAUCCGUUUUAACUUAAAUAAACCGGUGUAUAUUUUUAAAACGGGCUUGCAGAAAGCCCAGUUUUUGUUUUGGUGAAUUGUUUGCUUUGAGCGGCGUUGCAGUGCCAUUUUAUUGUUGUUGCUCCACUUUUGAAAAUCGGCAAGUUUACCGAGAGACUGAGGAGGCGGGCCUUUGCAACGUUUGUGGUAUAGAUCUUCAUCUAUUCCAUAAAUUACUUUUCAAAUGUUAAGCACAGGGCUUGAAUUGAACACAAUCACUAAAACAAGACCAGAAUUUUUAACGUUGGACAUCCACUGGAGUCAGUGAAUUCAUUCUAAUGCUAAUGUAAACUGGCUACACUGUGAUUCAACAACAGGCAACUUCUUUAUGGAGACACUUCUGCAAAAUAUCUUGGCUACCUACCCGUGUAUAAGAUACAGUACACUACUUACAAAGAAACUGGAAGCUAGAAGAGUGUGUGACAAAUUUUGGAUUUUCACUCGAAUGUGUAUUCCACUCCAGGGUCCGUGUACAAUAUUGUAAUCUUUGCAUGGCUGGCUCAAGAAGGGACCCUGAAGAAUUUGAUUGGAAAGUGCUAUGGGAAUCAAUCCAAAUUAUUUAUUUGUAUUGGUAUCUUUGUUUUCAGGUUCAAAUGUCUUUACCCAAAAUCAGAAUGAGAGGAAUUGAAAAAGAUAAACAUUAUUUUAUUGUGAUAAAAGAAUUUACCGAAAGCAGGAAGAAGAUCCAAAAGGGCUCAAUGGGAUAUUUCAACAGGUCAGAAACUGAGGAAUUAUCUGCAGUUGUGGAACAUUGCAAAAAAACUAUGAAAGUGAAGAAAGAAGAUUUAAAAGAAAUCAGCAAAGAUGAAGCAGAGUUGCUUCUUGAAAUUCAGGACAAUUCUCGUCGAUACGAACUUAUUCAGGAUGAAAAGCUCUUCAAAUCUAUUUCUAACCUACAAAUUAAUGACAUUGUAAAAGUGAGAUGGAGCAGUGGAACAUGGGUGGGAAUUGUCAAAAAUAUUAAAAACUCUCCACGAGAGAGUGGACUGAAACUACAGGGAUCAUUGUUUCAAGUUGAGUUGGUGGAGGGAGAAGACCAUAAAAUGAAGGGGAAGAAAAUUGAUAAAGACAUCUUAAUUGAUGCAGGAAAUAUCAUUUUUGCGAGUAAUACUGAAGUGGAAUCACCUCGUACAAAUGAUAAAGAAAGUAAAUUGUAUAGUGAUGGAGAUACAAAAAACUGGAAUAAGUCCCCAGUUGGAAGUCCACCCCAACAAGUUGGUUUGUCUCCUAGAAGAAUGGGCAGAGAAAAAUCAAAUGAAGUUUCAACCCUAUUUCUACCCUCUGUUUCCACGUCAGACUAUUCAAAGAAUUGUAAACACUACGCUUCUAAAACUCAUAAUUUUGAGUUGUCCACCCCAUCCAGUCCUGAUUCUCAACUUGCAGAGAGUGAAAAUUCUGCUCUAGAGGUUGAAUCGAUGGUGGAAGUGAAAUUGCCUAAUAAUGCUAUAGUCUAUGGAGUUAUUAGAUGGAUUGGUACACCAGAGGGCCACCACAGUCGCUGGGCAGGAAUUGAAUUGGACUAUGAACUAAAUGAUGCUAGUGAUGGAACUUUUGAGCAAAUUCGUUAUUUCAAUUGUGAACAGAACAAAGCAAUUUUUAAACCGUUAUGGAACUGUAAACCAGAUGCCCGUUUUUCUUCAACUGUACCAAAGGCGAUACCUAACAGUCCCAUUCAUGCACCAGUGAAGACAGCCCAAGAUUGCCUGGCCAUAAAAGAGGAUGUCCCACCAGUGCGAGAAGAUGAAGCACUACAACUGAUGAAGGGAAGAAUGAAAGGGAUUCAGGGGCAUUACAAUUCUUGCUAUUUGGACUCCACAAUUUUCAGCUUAUUCACAUUCACAUCAGUGUUGGAUAGCAUACUUCAUAUGCCUGGAGGACACAACGAGAAAAUUCAACGUGUACUAAGGGAAGACAUAGUCAACCCACUACGAAAGACUGGGGUUGUGAAUGCAGAUAAGGUGACAAAACUGAGGAAACUAUUAGGAUGUGACACGUUUAUUUCAGCAGAGAAAGAUCCAGAAGAAUUUAUCAAUGUCCUUCUGCAUGAAGUCCUGGCAGUAGAUCCAUUGCUAAAGAUCAGGUCUGGCCAGAAAAUUCAAGAGAGCUACUGUUAUCAGAUAAUCCUGGAGAAAGAUGAGAAACUGAGCGUACCAACGGUACAGUUGCUGCUAGAGAGAUCGUUUCUCUCUUGUGAUUUAAAAUUUGAGGAGAUCCCAUUAUGCCUGUUGGUUCAGAUGCCACGGUUUGGAAAACAGUUUAAAAUGUUCACAAAGAUCAUGCCCUCACUGGAACUAGAUAUCACAGAUUUACUUAAUAAUGCUCUGAGACAGUGCUUCAUUUGUGGAGAAGUGGCAGAGUAUGAAUGUGCUCAGUGUCUUCUGGACCCAACUCUUAAUCCAGGUGUCAUAAAACAAUACUGCUAUGCUUGCAACAAUCAGGUUCAUUCCCAUAAGAAGAGGAAAGACCACCAAUUCAGAAAAUUUCCAUAUCCAAGAGAUGUUUCUGUCAGAUCCCCUUUUCCACGACACAGGAUGGAACUGUUUGCAGUGCUUUGUAUUGAAACCAGCCAUUAUGUUUCAUUUGUAAAAUAUGGGCCCGGCAAAGAUUCUUGGCUUUUCUUUGACAGCAUGGCUGACCGAAUUGGUGAUGAGAAUAUUCCAGAGAUAACAGAUUGUCCACAAAUAGGUGAUUACCUGAUGAUGUCAGAGGACAAGCUGGCUUAUACAGACCUGAAGCAGCUUGAUGGAUUUGCUAAGAGACUUUUCUGUGAUGCCUAUAUGUGCAUGUAUCAGAGCCCAAGGAUGUGCUUGUAUAAAUGAUGCACAACAGAGCUCAAAAUGCUGACAAUGAAACUGCACCUUCCAAUAAGUGAUUGGAAAUAGUCACAUCUUUAGUGUUCUACAUUCUUGUGUGGAGCAGAUCAUUCAAUGGGGAAAGAAUGUCUGUCUGUCAAAUGCUUCUGUACUAUCUUUAUCAAAUAGUCUGCCCUGCAUUAUGAAAUAACACAGUGAACAAGGCGAUUUGUUUCGACUUCUGAAUUAAAACCUAUUUUAUAUUAA